CAAAUCGCAAUCAUGGAAGAAGAUGCAAACAGAUUUGAGAAGAUUCAGGUUCAAGGAAAAGACUAUACCUUUCAACAAGGAUCCAUAGCACAUACAAAGCUGACUCUUGGAAAACUGGUCAGUUCAGAAAUGUUUGAAAAUAAGAGGGAAAUAAAAGAGGAUGUUUCAGUUGAAAAUGACUCGAGAAGCUUGAAUAGCACAGGGGAAACAGUUGAGCCAAAAGAAAUUGUCCAAUUGGUCCAAAACCCAAUGGUCCGAAUUCCAUCCAUCCAAAACCCAAUAGUCCAAACUCCAUUCCC